UCUGUUCUGUACAAAAACGGUGCGGGUUUACCUCUGCGUCUGAUUGUGACAACAAACACACGGAACACGUUCUUUGUCCUCAAGAGAAUCUGUCACCUAACAGUUCCCCUGUCUUUUGCCAAAACCAGAACAUUCUUUGUGCAUCGCGGCUUCUUUGUUCUCAUAAUGGUACAGACUACUUGCCCACCAUAUAUAAAACUUCAACAAAGAGCCUUUCAUUAACAUUCUUGAAGACCCAACACGAUUAUUAUCGAAAAUUCCACAUCAUUCAUCGCCACUAUCUAUAUAUCGCGCAGCCCGAUCAGCGAGUUAGGUGCAAAGAUUUUCUACCAGAGAUUCACCUUUAACUUUAACCCUAAACUUGUCGUAUAAUACCGAAUCGCGACGAAGACAAAAUGGAUAGACUCACUGAGCCUCCUAGUCCGCUAUAUGAGCGAAUACAUGAGAUCGAAGGUGCCGAAGAUGUGGAGGACUAUCGACCAGGCGGCCUACACCCCGUUAAUAUGUUCGACAUGCUCGAUGGGAGAUUUGAAGUCUGCCAUAAGCUUGGUAGUGGCGGCAUAGCGACUGUAUGGCUUUGCUACGAGCAAAAAUUGAGGGAAUGGCGAGCUGUCAAGAUCAAUGCAGCUUCCCGAUCGCACGACGACAGCCCUGAGAUAAAAAUCUUAGAAAUGUUGGAAAAUGAUACUGCGGUCCUGGGAUUGGACAGCCAUGUCGUGAUGCCACUGGAGAUUUUCUGGAUUGAAGGCCCGAACGGACGACAUUUAUGCACCGUGCUACCUCUCCUUGGACCAACAUUAUCCGAUUGGCGACAGAUGUCUCUCGGCACUGACGCAUCGCGAAUCAACAACGUUUGCUAUCAGCUUACCAAGGGUCUGGAGUUCCUCCAUAGCCGAGGAAUCUGCCAUGGAGACUUCCGCCCUGCUAACGUUCUCAUGAGGCUGAAGGGCAAUGGGCUUGACGACAUCGAGCCUGACGAGCUAUUCACAAUGCUCCACUUUCCCGACAGAGGAGAAGUUUUCACCAUAGAGGGUGAGCGUAGCCCACAUGCUCCCAAGUGGAUAAUCGAGCCUCUAUGGUGGUCGGAGCUCAAAUGGUUCAUAUCGGAUGACGUUGCGAUAGUCGACUUUGGAGAAGCGUUUGAAAAGUCCUCGCCACCAGAGUCUCUAGGGAUUCCCGACGUAUAUGCAGCUCCCGAGAUUCUUUAUGGAGGGUUGCCGGCAGGGAUCGGAAGCGACAUAUGGUCCCUGGCAUAUUCUAUCCUACAGAUCCGAGCUGCUAGAUCAUUUGACUUGGUCCUCAAUGGACCGCUUCGGCGAAUGGAGCGCUUCGCGGGUCCGAUACCUCCUCCAUUUCGGCGUGCAGCCGCGGAAGCAGUGUACAAUGAUGAGAUGCGCCGGUAUGAACGAUACGGUAGACGGGAUGGGGUUAUGUGUAAACCCAUACCUCUUGAGGAGAGACUGCAAUCAGGUGGUCAGAACUUGACGAAACUGACUGGCUUUGAAACUGGUAACUCAGGUGUUCGUGAACUAGAAAUCGAGUUGGGCUGGGAGAUUGCGGAAGAAGUUGUGAUAUCUGGAAGUGUCGACGAAGAAGGCAAUAGCGAAGAAUGGGGUGUGGUACACUACCAUUUGCCAGAAGCUGAGGUGAAGGCCUUGGCAGAUCUGUUAAGCCAACUAUUCAAGUACCAACCAAGUCAGCGGAUGGGCACUGCCGACAUUUUGAAGCAUCCAUGGUUUGAGAAGAAUUCUAAGAAGGCAUCUGAACCUGCGUUUAUUGAGGUAAACGAUCCAACUUCAGCUCCAGCCACAGCUGCCGAGGUACCUGUUACUGACUGCCAAAGUAUCCUGACGCAAUCGGUUGACGAGCUUAUGGGAAUCAAUACGAAGACUUAUGCCCACAGGUAG